CACACACACACACACACACACACACACACACACACCACAACACCACAACAAGGCAGCAGCAGCUGGACCGGAGGAUCCGCUAUCUGUUUGACUUUGGACAGGAGGGAUGAACUGAUCGCCUGGUUUGAUCGGCUAAUCGAUACUGGAUACGAUAGGAUAUCAGGAUAGAUCGUCGAUCAUGGAACAUGAUGCCGCAUCAGAGAUGUUGAACGAUAGUAGUUAGCUGGUUAGCCUAGCCGCUGUGCUUCAGCUAGCGAGCUAACCUGACAUAUCCUCCCGAGACCAGCCUUUAGUACUACAUCACCUGUCCAUUAUCGAUCCCGUCCUGAUCGACCCGGACACCGUCCUGAUCGAUCCGGAGCGCUGGAGAGAACCCGACAUGUUGGCUGACUGACGGCAUCGGCACAAAGGAACCAAAGCUAGCGUCGCAGCUAACGGCUACAUGGAAGCUCAUUGUGUUGGAGAAUGGGAAAGCAUUCCGUUACUUUAGUUAACCAGGAACUAGUCGGUACCUUCUAGUUAGUAAUAGACAAGACACUAGUCCGUACCCUCUAGUUAGUAAAAGACCAGGAACUAGUCGGUACCCUCUAGUUAAUAACAGACCAGGAACUAGUCUGGACCCUCUAGUUAGUAACAACAGUAACUAGUCCGGACCCUCUAGUUAGAAACAGACCAGAAACUAGUCGGUGCCGGGUACCCUCUAGUUAAUAACAGACCAGAAACGAGUCGUGACCCUCUAGUUAGUAACAGACCAGACCUCGGCUCUGACUAUUUUCUGGAGAGCUGUGGUGAUGGACGGCUGAGGAGUGUGAGCCGGUUUGCGUUGGUCUGUUGUCGGGUCCGUACUGGGUCAUGGCCGGCAAACCCAGUAGAACCAUGAACCCAUGGCUGUGUUUCCACCUCCUCUUAGUUACUGGUUGUCUUGCUGAUCCCCAAAGGAGCGACAACGUCUAUGUGUCCGGAAUCUCCAAUGCGUGUGGUGACGUGGCGGAGCUGGUGCGGGCGUCCAGUGGCGUGAUCACCAGCCCCGGCUGGCCCUUCCAGUACCCCUCCACCCUCAACUGCAGCUGGAACAUCAGGGGCAAGCCUGGUGACAUCAUCACCCUCAGCUUCCAGGACUUUGAGCUGCAGGGCUCCCAGCACUGCGCUCUGGACUGGCUGUCCAUCGGCAGCUACCGGAGCCUGGAGGGCUACCGGGCCUGUGGCUCGGCACUGCCCGCCCCCUACAUCUCCACCCAGGACCACGUCUGGCUGCACUUCCACUCGGACCGCGCGCAGGCCGCCAAGGGCUUCAGGCUGUCCUACAUCACCGGCCGUGCGGAGGCGGCGGGCUGCGAGCCGGGCCAGUUCCACUGCUCCAACGGGAAGUGCGUGCCGGAGAGCUGGCGCUGCAACAACAUGGACGAGUGCGGCGACCGGUCGGACGAGGAGCGCUGCGGCCCGCCCGCCGCCGCCUUCUCCUUCCAGCCCUGCGCCUUCAACCAGUUCCCCUGCCUGUCCCGCUACACCCGCGUCUACACCUGCCUGCCCCACGCACUCAAGUGCGACGGCAGCAUCGACUGCCAGGACCUGGGGGAUGAGAUUGACUGCGACGUCCCGACGUGUGGAGAGCACCUGAAGAACUUCUACGGCUCCUUCAACUCGCCCAACUACCCGGACUUCUACCCACCCGGCAGCAACUGCACCUGGAUCAUCGACACCGGGGACACCAGGAAGGUGGUGCUACGCUUCACCGACCUGAAGCUGGACGGGACGGGCUACGGCGACUACGUGAAGGUGUACGACGGGCUGACGGAGGCGCCGCGCCGCCUGCUGCGCGUCCUCACCGCCUUCGACUCGCGGGCGCCCGUCGUCGUGGUUUCCACCUCCGGGCGCCUCCGGGUGCACUUCUACGCCGACAAGAUCAACGCCGCCCGGGGCUUCAACGCAACCUACCAGGUGGAGGGCUUCUGCCUGCCCUGGGAGGUGCCGUGCGGGGGGGACUGGGGCUGCUACUCGGAGGCCCAGCGCUGCGACGGCUACUGGCACUGCCCCAACGGGCGCGACGAGCUCAACUGCUCUUCGUGCCAGGAGGAGGAGUUCCCCUGCUCCCGCCACGGGGCCUGCUACCCCCGCUCGGACCGCUGCAACUACCAGAACCGCUGCCCCAACGGCUCAGACGAGAAGAACUGCUACUUCUGCCAGCCGGGGAACUUCCACUGCAAGAACAACCGCUGUGUGUUUGAGUCGUGGGUGUGCGACGCCCAGGACGACUGUGGGGACGGCAGUGACGAGGAGAGCUGCCCGGUGGUGGUCCCCACGCGGGUCAUCACGGCCGCCGUCAUCGGCAGCCUGGUCUGCGGCCUGCUGCUGGUCAUCGCCCUGGGCUGCACCUGCAAGCUGUACUCGCUGCGCAUGUUCGAACGCAGGUCGUUUGAAACGCAGCUGUCCCGCGUGGAGGCGGAGCUACUGAGGAGGGAGGCUCCUCCCUCCUACGGUCAGCUGAUCGCCCAGGGCCUCAUCCCCCCCGUGGAGGACUUCCCCGUCUGCUCUGGGAGCCAGGCGUCGGUGCUGGAGAACCUGCGUCUGGCGGUGCGCUCCCAGCUGGGCUUCACCUCGCUGCGCCUCCCGUCCUCCGGUCGCCACGGCAGCCUGUGGCGGGGGCUCUUCUGGUCGUCGCGCUCGCGGCGCUCCGGCUCGCUGCCCCUGGUGUCGGCCGACCCCCCCCACCCCCCGCAGGAGGGGGGCGGGGCCCGCGCCGAGGAGCCCUCCCCCCCCUCCCCCGUCGGGGCCGAGGGCGGAGCUCUCUCCCUGCUGCCCCGCAAGGCCCCUCCCCCCGGCGCCGUGGAGGCGGUGGUCUCCGUGGUGACGGAGCCCGCCCCCCCGCCCCUGCCCCAGCCCCUGCCGGCCCCCCCGGUGCCCGGCCGCUCCACCCUAGGCCGGCUGGCCCGCGGGCUCCGCCUCCUGUCGCUGCUCCUCCCGCGGCGCGGCGGCGGCCUCCGGCAGCAGGAGGCGCAGGACGAGGAGGAGGAGGACGAGGAGGACGUGGAGCUGCUCAUCCCCGACUCCUCCCCCUCCGCCCUGGCCUCGGGCCGCGCCCUCCGCCAUCACCGCGGCGGCGGAGACGACUACUACGGCGAGGGCUACCAUGGAGAGGGUUACCACGGCGACGGGCCGUGCGAACACUGCGGGAUGGUGCACACCGCCCAGAUCCCUGCCGCCUGCCUGGAGGGCGGCGGCGGCGGCGGGAAGACGGAGAGCAGCGACGACGAGCUGCUGCUGCUCUGCUAACGCUAGCCGCUAAUGCUACCGCUAACGAGAACCCCCACUGCCGAACAGGACGCUCAACAGGAUGUUAAUCGCUAACCAGGAUGCUAUCUAGGAUGCUAACCGCUAACAAAAACGCUUACCAGGAUGCUAACGCUUACCAGGAAAAUAACAAUGACAGGAUGCUAACGCUAACCAGGAUGCUAACCACUACUGCUAACCAGGCCCGCUAACAAGGACACUAAAACGCUAAACGCUAAACAGGAUGUUAAUCAGGACGUUCCCCGCUAGACAGGCUAAUACCGGCGUGCUAACCAGGACGCUAACCAAGCUAACAGAACAUGUCACCUGACGGCUAGGUGAAUUCUCAAAUUGGGCUGGAGGUCAGGGGUCACUGGACAUUAUCACAGCUCUGACAACGUGGACCACACGUUAUUUUCUACUGACUACGGGGACCAAUAGGAGGGCCUAUUGUCUAAGACACGCCCCCUCUUCUCUAAGACUCGCCCAGUAUUCUAGGUUGAACCAAUGGAAGAGGUCCUACUCUAUAGGACACGCCCCCUGAACCCAGGAACUGACACAUAACAAGAAUAAAGCAUUGUGGUGCUGCGGGUGGUGUUACGGCAGAGUGGGUGGUUUUGGUACGGGUGGUGCUGCGAUACAGUGGGUGGUGUUACGGUACAGUGGGUGGUGUUACGGCAGAGUGGGUGGUUUUGGUACGGGUGGUGCUGCGAUACAGUGGGUGGUGUUACGGUACAGUGGGUGGUGUUACGGUACAGUGGGUGGUGUUACGGUACAGAGGGUGGUGUUACGGUACAGAGGGUGGUGUUGGAAAGGGAAGUCUGGGGCCCCCUGCUUGAGCUGCUCCCCCCGCGACCCGACCCUGGAUAAGCGGAUGAAGAUGAGAUGAGAUGAUGGGUGGUGUUUUUACGGGUGGUGCUGCGAUACAGUGGGUGGUGUUGGUACGGUUGGAGCAGUGGGUGGUGUUACGGUACAGUGGGUGGUGUUGCGAUACAGUGGACGGUGUUGGUACGGGCGGUGCUGCGAUACAGUGGGUGGUGUUACGGUACAGUGAUGGUGCUGCGAUACAGUGGGUGGUGUUACGGUACAGUGAUGGUGCUGCGAUACAGUGGGUGGUGUUACGGUACAGUGAUGGUGCUGCGAUACAGUGGGUGGUGUUACGGUACAGUGGGUGGUGUUACGGUACAGUGGGUGGUGUCGAAGCGGGUGGUGUCACUGCGGUUGGUGCUUCGGCUGGAAUUGGUACGGUGGGUGGUGUUGGUACGGUGGGUGGUGCUUCGGGUGGAAUCGGUACGGUGGUUGGUGUUGGUACGGGUGGAGCAGCGGGUGCUGUUGGUACGGUGGGUGGUGUCGGUACGGUGGGUGGUGUUGGUACGGGUGGAGCAGCGGGUGCUGUUGGUACGGUGGGUGGUGUCGGUACGGUGGGUGGUGUUUGGUACGGGUGGUGUACCAGGGGUGGUUCCUGGAGCAUGCAGGUGAAUCUAUUUAUUUGUGAUGUUAGUUGUGUAUUUAUUAUGGUUUGUUGUGUAAACUGCAUGUCCCUCUUAGUGUUGUUAUGAUGUACAGUAUGAUUAAAGGUGCUGAACAAACCC